AUGGCAUUUCCAUUCUUCCAGUUCGCCGUGCUCGGCGUUAUGGCGGCUACCGGAGGGCUGGUCUCGGCGCAGAGCUCGGCGACGUUCGCUUGCGAUGUCUCCAAGAACUCCAGCGUGAACAGCUUCGUGUUCUGCGACAAAUCGGCGGGGAUAGAAGCGAGGGUGAAGGAUUUAGUGGCGCGGCUGACGCUAGAUGAGAAGGUAGGCUUCCUGGCGAGCAAGAACCCGGCGGUGGCCCGGCUGGGCAUCCCCAGCUACGAGUGGUGGUCGGAGGCUCUCCACGGAGUCUCCUACGUCGGCCCCGGAACCCGCUUCUCCAGCCUCGUCCCCGGCGCCACCAGCUUUCCCCAGGUCAUCCACAGCGCCGCCUCCUUCAAUACAACCCUGUUCCACGCCAUGGGGAAGGUGAGGUUCAUAUGAAUACUGGUCUCGUUCGUCAAAAUUUUCCUUUUCUCAUCGGGAAACAUCUCUGGAUCUUAAUCGGGUUUUAAUGAUUUUUCUUGUUCUGGGUCUGCAUUUUAGAGAUGGGUCUUCUCUUGACAGGUCCUCCUCCCGUACUGCAUUUAUUUUUGCGGUUCUAGUCUGGUAUUGGUGGCCUGGCGCAUUGAAUCCUUCCUCUCGGGUUUCUCUCUUUCUCGUACACUAGAACUCAUACUUUAAUGGCGCGAGAGAGGAUUCUAAGCUUGAAGGGCGGCUGUAGCUUCCUUGUGAUGAUGAACAAGUUGAUGCUUUGACAGUGCAGAAAGCAGUCUGUUCCUCCAGUCGUCUCUUUUUUCUCUGACUGUAGAUCUCACGAAUAGAGAAAAUCCUGCAAAUUCCCGCGGAGCAGAAUUAGAAGACAAGUAUUAAAUAAAAGCUCGAAAACAAUACUCACUGUGCAUCAACCCAAGUGUUGUGCCAGAUGCCUCUCUCUCUCUCUCGGACUAAUCUCUCGCAUUCGUGGUUCGCAAAUAGUCUGCACUGAUUCCUCAGCACUAACUAUGGAAUUGCGAUUUGAUCAUGCACUUCUCAACAGUGCUUCUCUGUCCUGGCAGGUGGUCUCCACCGAAGCGAGGGCGAUGUACAACGCCGGUCUCGCCGGGCUGACCUUCUGGAGCCCUAACGUGAACAUAUUCAGAGACCCGCGGUGGGGGAGGGGCCAGGAGACCCCCGGUGAGGACCCCCUGCUCGCCAGCAAGUACGCCGUUGCCUACGUCCGCGGCCUGCAGGACGCCGACAAGCCGGAAAUGCUCAAGGUGGCCGCCUGCUGCAAGCACUACACCGCCUACGACGUCGACAACUGGAAGGGAACACAGAGAUACACGUUCAACGCGCAGGUGAGGGGGCAAUCCCGGGGGAGGCCGGAGGAGCUCGUCUUCUCCGGCGCCGGCGAAGAAGACGCUCGCUCACGGAGUUCUCCUCCUGCGCAGGUGACGAAGCAGGACAUGGACGACACCUACCAGGUGCCUUUCAAGAGCUGUGUCGUUGACGGGAACGUCGCCAGCGUCAUGUGUUCGUACAAUAAGGUCAACGGGGUGCCUACCUGCGCUGACCCAGCGCUCCUCACCGGCACCGUCCGCGGCGACUGGAAGCUGAACGGGUCUGUUCCCUGACACUACGUCUUCAUUUCGUUGCCAGGGGGCUGUGGCAAGACAGAACUACCCAAAAUUAGUAGUCUAAAUUUGAUAAGUACCCCUAGUUUGAAGUUGACCAUGCAAAAUAGGACUAUAAGUUAUUGUUUUGUAGAUAAAUCAUUUUUAAAUGGAUGAUUUUUUGUUUAACUUUGAGAUGACUGCUGGCUGACCACUACAUUUUGGUCCAGUGGACCUAAAUGGGCUAUUUUGCCUUCAUCUCUUUUGGAAAAAUGGGCUCUUUCGCCUCCAAAAUGGGCCAAUAUCAGGACCACUUUUAGGUCAAUGGGCUGAAACGGGCUUUCUUACCGCCACCAGAUAAGCCUUAAUGGGCUUGAAUGGGCUCCCUGGUCCUCACCACUUUUAGCCUGAAUUUACGGGACACUGCCAUGCAGCUACAUCGUCUCGGACUGCGACUCCGUGGACGUAAUCUUCAACGCCCAGCACUUCACCAAGUCGCCGGAGGAGGCCGCCGCCAAGUCCAUUCUCGCCGGUGAGUAGUAGAGCGAAGCGCCGCCGGCCGCCGGUACACACACAGAGAGCUUUCUCUUCCGAGACGAUUGAUCGAUCUCGUUUACUCUUCCACUGGCUUCAGGUCUCGACCUCAACUGCGGAUACUUCCUCGGCCAGCACACCAAGGCCGCCGUCGCCGGCGGCCUGCUAAACGAGUCCGACGUCGAUCGCGCCAUCGCCAACAACUUCGCCACCCUCAUACGGCUCGGCUUCUACGACGGGGACCCCCGAGGCGGCCCCUACGGUGCCCUCAGCACGAAGGACGUCUGCACGGCGGAGAACCAGGAGCUGGCCCGAGACGCCGCCCGGCAGGGCGUCGUCCUCCUCAAGAACGGCAACUCCUCGCUACCGCUCUCUCCCUCCUCCGUCAGGUCCCUCGCCGUCAUCGGCCCCAACGCCAACGCCACCAAGACGAUGCUCGGCAACUACGAAGGGGCACCAUGCCGGUACGUGACGCCUCUUCAGGGCCUGGCGGCAUACGCGCCGGUUGUCUACCAGCCUGGGUGCCUCGGCGUAGCCUGCGCGGGGGGCAACCUGCAGCUGGAGCCUGCGAAGCAGGCGGCGGGGCAGGCGGACGCCACCGUCUUGGUGGUGGGGACCGAUCAGUCUAUCGAGAGAGAGAGUCUCGACCGGAUCAGCCUGACCCUUCCCGGUCAGCAGGAGGUCCUCAUCACCGAGGUGGCCAAGGCGGCCAAGGGUCCAGUCGUCCUCGUCAUCAUGUCCGGCGGCCCCUUCGACAUCACGUUCGCCAAGAACAACGAGAAGAUAUCCAGCAUCAUCUGGGUCGGCUUCCCCGGCGAGAAGGGCGGCACCGCCAUUGCAGACGUCGUCUUCGGCAGCUACAAUCCCAGUGAGUGAAGCCCCCUCCUAUUGAUUACUCCGCCUUCAAAUCAAUUGUUUCUUUCUGAAAAUUGGAUAAAAACUGAAGAGAAUGUCCGUCCCCGUCUUUCCAGGUGGGAGGCUGCCGGUGACCUGGUAUCCGGAAUCGUUCGCCGACAGCGUCCCGAUGACGGACAUGAACAUGAGGCCGAAUCCGGCCACCAGCUACCCCGGCAGGACCUACAGAUUCUACACCGGCGACGUCGUCUAUUCCUUCGGCGACGGCCUGAGCUACUCCGAGUUCCAGCACCAUCUCGUGGAGGCGCCGAAGCUGGUGGCGGUCCCCCUCGAGUCCGGCCACGCCUGCCUCUCCCGCCGGUGCAAGUCCGUCCAGCUUCUCGACGGCCACUGCGAGGGGCUCGCCUUCGACGUGCGCCUGCUAGUGCGAAACGCCGGCGGCCGCGCCGGCGGCCACACCGUGUUCCUCUUCACCACGCCGCCGACGGUGCACGGGGCGCCCAGGAGGCAGCUGGUGGCGUUCGAGAAGGUCUUCCUCCGAGCUGCGGAGGAGGGCGCGGUUGCUUUCAAGGUGGACGUCUGCAGGGAUUUGAGCGUCGUCGACGAGAUGGGCACGAGGAAGGUGGCUCUGGGGGCGCACGUGCUGCAAGUGGGGACACUGAAGCACUCCCUGAGUCUCAGGAUAUGA